AUGUCAGAUACAAAGUCAUCCAAUCGUGUCGAUGCAUACACGGAUGAUAGUGCUCGUUCAGCCAAUACCGGAAUGAAUCGGGAUGGCAAAGCGAAAGGGCCUUCCGAUGUGAGGAGCGGCUUUGCUUUAUUCUCUUCUGCAAUUGGUGAACUCUUCAAAGAAGUCCUUGGUAAAACAGGCAUGGAACCACAUGCAGACGCAAGGAAGAAGUGGACACCGUUGAGCGAUGCUGAGAAGCAGCCAUACGAGCAAAUCGCGAAGAAAUAUAAAGAGAGAGUGCGGGAGCUCAAACAGAACGGUGAUACGUUUCGAGCAAAGGAUUCCACCAGUUUGUACAAGGAACUCGUAGAAGAGGCAAGGCGCUUGAAGCCACCUGCGCCCAUAUUAGCUGCACUACCAGAUGAGUAUGUGUGGAGCUCGCCAGAUGGUACAGGGACAAUAGAAGACGGAGACAAUGCCUCGGUGCCAAGGACGGCGGCAACAGCAAAUGCCCAUGAACAAAACACUGAUACAACCACUGCAGAUGCGGAGGAAGCGACACCACAAGCCUCGCAUGCAACCGCCGAGAAUGGACUGGACAACCUCUACUCCCUUGAAGAGGCGAGUAACCCCCCGACACAGGCAUCUCGAUCUUAUCAGCCUGAUGGUGCUCAGUCCAGCAAACGCCAGGGAUCAGCUUCUUCGGCUUCCGAUGUGAGCCAAGUGGACAGGAACAUAUCACAGCCUGCUUCCAACGACCAACAGAGCCUCUUACCACGAUCACAGACAAGUAGUCUCGAUACCAACGCUUUACCUUAUCACGCUACUUCCCAUGGCACUUCCAGUCAAGGCCAACAAGUUACGGCAGCUGCACGUUCCGCUACCAACACCAGCGUGGGCCAAGGGGUGGGUCAGAGACAAUCUCCGCGGAAAUCGCACAGGAAGAAGAAGAAGCAUUAG